GUAUAGUUGCUUAUUUGGACACACUCCAGCCGUGUUUCUGGACCGGACCACUGGUGUGUGUGUGUGUGUGCGCGCGCGCACGUUUGAGUGUGAGACGGGAUGUGGUUUGGUGCGACGGCUCAGUGAAAGGUAUCACAAGUAUCUCUCUGUCAGGCGAACACCGCGCGUCCAAGCGAGGUGGAGGAAAAAAAGGGGGGGUGGGGGGCCAGCAAAGGCAGACAAUGCGGUUUUGCGAUGCGUUUAUUCCUCCGUACAAUUUAAACCCACAUUCACGAAAAGAUGCUGUGCAGAUGAUGUGGGAGAAGAGUUCCUCGUGAUCCGGCUAUUUUUCUGUAUUUUUUUAUAAUCGCGCUGAACAAAUUCCCCUACGUUUUGAUUGAGAACAAAAAUAGAGAUGAAAUUUCCAAUAGAAAACCCAAGGAAACAAGUUAACUGGGAUCCUGAACAAGUGGCGGUCCAGACCAACUUGGUCCCUCCCAAAAAGGUCCAGCCUGGUAUGGUGAAGUCCAGUCUAGUCCAGGCCAGUGUUGCCACCAUGCAGAACCCCAUGGGCUGUGACCCUAAGGCCAACGGUCACUGUCCACUGCCACGCCUGUCCAUCUCUUCCCGCUCUGCCAGCGUGGUGGCCAGCAUGGACGCCAGCUGUGAUGGCAUGUCUGCGGCGCUCCACUCAGUGAUGAAGUGGAAGACGGUGCUGGCGGUGUUCAUUGUGGUCGUUCUCUACCUGGUUUGUGGAGGCCUGGCAUUCAAUGCACUGGAGCAGCCGUUUGAAAGCAACCAGAAGACCAGUAUCACUCUGGAGAAGGCUUCGUUCCUGGAGAGACACCCCUGUGUUACUCCUGAUGAGCUGGAGGCACUCAUCAAGCAUGCCAUAGAUGCUGUGAGUGCAGGAGUGAGUCCUAUUGGAGACACAUCCUACAAUUCCAGUUACUGGGACCUGGGCAGUGCCUUCUUCUUUGCUGGAACUGUUAUCACAACCAUAGGUUAUGGAAACAUAGCUCCAAGCACGGAGGGCGGGAAAAUCUUUUGCAUCCUUUAUGCCAUAUUUGGCAUCCCUCUCUUUGGCUUCUUGUUGGCGGGGAUUGGAGACCAGCUGGGGACCAUCUUUGUGAAAAGCAUCUUGAGAGUUGAGAAGAUAUUCAGGCAAAAACACAAACAGAUCAGCCAGACUAAGAUCAGAGUGACGUCCACCAUUCUGUUCAUCCUGGCUGGCUGCAUUGUUUUCGUUACCAUCCCUGCUGUCAUCUUUAAACACAUCGAGGGCUGGACCACACUGGAGGCCAUCUACUUUGUUGUGAUCACUCUCACCACAGUGGGAAUAGGAGACUAUGUGGCAGGUGGAAACCGUAGGAUCGACUAUAUGAAAUGGUACAAGCCUCUGGUGUGGUUCUGGAUCUUGGUGGGUUUGGCAUACUUUGCGGCCGUCCUCAGCAUGAUUGGAGACUGGCUUCGAGUGCUGUCUAAAAAGACCAAAGAGGAGGUUGGGGAGUUUAAAGCUCAUGCAGCUGAAUGGAAGGCAAAUGUACGAGCAGAGUUCCGUGAAACGCGGCGGCGCCUGAGUGUUGAGAUCCAUGACAAGCUCCAGCGGGCAGCCACCAUCCGCAGCAUGGAGCGCCGUCAGCUUGGCCUGGAGCAGCGAGCUCACUCCCUGGACAUGCUAUCUCCAGAGAAGCGAGCCUUAUUCGCCAGCCUGGAUGCUGGCCGCUUCAAGACUUCCUCCCAGGAGAGCAUCGACACCAAGCUCAACAACCUAAGGCUGAAGGGGGCCUGUGAGGCGUACGACCAUCAGGGGAGUGAGCAAACGCAACAGACCGCGUCUUCCUCAGAGGAGAAUCUCUUCAACCUGCGCUUCGGAUCCCUCACUAAGCUGGCCAGACGCAACAAGAACCGAGAGCUGCGGAGCAACAUUCCUGAAGAUGUGCGACGGGCGAGUGUAGGCAUAAAAAAUGGCAGUGCCAUGCUGGGUGAGGAGAGGACAGAAGAAGAAGAUGGGGAGCUAGAUGAGGAGAACAGAGAAAGAAAAGAGGGAAACACCAGUCUGACAAACCUGUCACAGUACACAAAGUUGAAUGGGUUCACACCAGUACAGGCCAAAGACAGAGAGAGCGACUAAGUAUUGAAUUGAAGAGCACUUCAGAGACAGAGAGAGAAACACAGUGAAAGAUACAGAGACAGAAACACAGAACAAGAGUGCAUGGUCCUUGGGAUGUCAAGAAAUGUGCCUUUCUGUUUCCUAUGCUUAGAUUUGGAACUGCUCCCAGGAAAUUCAGUUAUUGUGCCAUAGCCAUGGAAAGAAAAUGUUUUGCCAAAAAUGAAUGAAUUGAAGGGACAGAAGAGGCUGUAGUUAAAAUACCUCAUAUCGGAUGUUACUGUAGAAUGGGCUUCUUAAGAACUUUAAUUUCUACAGGAUCUAUAUUUCCAGCUUUGUUGUCUUUCAGCCCUGACAACUCUUACGAGACAGUGGGGCAAUGGCUGUCUGUUAAUGCUGAAUCUUAUUUUUUAACAAUGUGGGCAGGACAUCCUGAGAGCUAGCUUCAUGUCAUCCAUCUUCAGAAACAUUGUUGAUCUCCACUUUGUCAUCUCAUACUGUGGUGGCUAUUUUUAGCUCAGCGGCCCGCUACAAAAGGACUUCCACGUUUAAUGAAUGAAGGGUGGGAGGUUGUGUUCUGCUGGAUCAAUAGACAACACGAGCAUUUACCUAGCUGACAUGUACAAUUAUUCCUACAUGGUAUGUGACUUUGAAAAUGUAGCCCAUGGGCAUAAACUACUACAUACUAAAAGCUCAUAAAAACAAACUAUUCACCUUGAUUGUGCAUGGUUAUUAAAACACAACCAUAGCAGUUUGACAUAACUAUAUAUAAUAUAGUAUAUAGAAUAUAAUUGACAUAAACUAAUUUGAAAUUACAGCUGUAAUAAUGUUUCUUUUUGUUUUAAUAAAAUGAAAUGUUUCUUUCAUUCAUAAUUGGUGAAAAAAAGACAUUUAUUUCAGUAAUUACUGCCACCAUUUUCUUAAUUGUGGACCCCAAGCUGGAAUUCACCUGACAGACACACAUUUAAUCACCUUUGGCCAUGAGAUUGUCAGCAAUGUUAAAAACACUUUUUUUGUAUAUCACUUUAUCACAAAUUUCUGGAGACAACUUAAAUUACUUUUUAAUUAAUGAAUGUGAUGCUGUUGAUUUUGUACUCACCAAGCAUGUUUGCUUCUGUUUACUCCUUUUUCUAUCAGCACUUGAGUUGAAUUUUCCAUUGAAUUGUAAAAUAUGAACUAAAUAUGCCAUGUUUCUUUUUCAUAUUUCUUCUCUGAAACUCAGUCUAACAUUUUGGCUUCAAUCAUCUCCACACUGAAAUGUGUUUUUCUGUAGUUCCUAGAGGUUUACUCACUGAAAUGUUUGACACAUGACCAUUUUAACUUUAUUUGCAUUUUACAAACAGGCACUGAUACUACUACCCAAGUACCCUACUUUAAAUUUGACAGAAUUAUUAAAUGUAUCAAUAGUGUGCAUUGCAUGUAUUUCUAAAGCUGAAUUACACACACACUGGAUGUAUUUGUAACCUGUUUAUCUGAUUUGUACAACAUUAACCUUUCCAUGACCAUUACCUGUGUCAAAUUGAGCGACUAUUUGUUGUGUACAGUUUAUUUUAUGAAAAGAUCACGUUAAAUGUAGUGAGUGCCUUUUCCCAGAUAAUAAACAGGACAAAGAAAUUUGAAA